UGUCCUUCUUCUAUAGCAACGCCCUUGUUCUAUUUUAUUCUGCGAAUUCAUUCCCCUGUUUUUCUUUUCUUCUUGUUUGAAGAGCUUCAUUUCCCUUUCAAUGGAAAGCAUGGAAGCUAAGCUCCCACAAAACCCACCUCGUAAAACACACAAACUUGUCCUUUGUGCACAAAUUUGUUUGAGAAUCGUGGCCAUUUCGACUGCAUUUGCUGCCACAUGGACGAUUGUCAACGCCAAGGAAACUGUUGUGGUUUUCGGCUUGCAAUUCGAUGCUCGAUAUACCUAUUCCUCUGCCUUCAAGUUCUUCGCGUUUGCAAAUGCCAUCGCUUGUGGUUUCACUUCGCUUUCCUUGAUGUUCGUGCUCUUAAUCUUCCGCCAUGGCCGCUUUACACCUUCGAACUUCUUCUUCCUGUUCCUACACGAUUUGUUUAUGAUGUCGCUGAUUCUUUCCGGCGUGGCGGCGGGGACUGCAAUAGGAUUUGUGGGCCGUUAUGGUAACAAUCAUGCUGGUUGGUCGGAAAUCUGCGACCGUUUGAAGAAAUACUGCGACAAGGUGACCGCUUCUAUGGUGCUGUCGUAUCUGUCAGUGAUUUGUUUAGUGGUGCUUACAGUCAUCUCCGCCGGCAAGUCCCGACAAAUCAUGGUUUAAAAGUUAUUUUAAUUUGGGUCAUGAUGACGAUGCAAUGCGUGUCUUUGUAAACUUUGAUCACCCUUUCGUAGCAAAAACGAAAGUAAUAAAAUUUAGCCUUUUUUUACUGCUU